CUGCGCCUGGCAGCCCCCACCUAGCAUUUGUCCGCACCAUGGCCUCCCUCUCGGAGCUCGCCUGCAUCUACUCUGCCCUCAUCCUGCAUGACCAUGAGGUGACGGUCCCCGAGGAUAAGGUCCUCAUUAAAGCAGCAGGUGUAAAUGCUGAGCCAUUCUGGCCAGGUUUGUUUGCGAAGGCUCUGGCCAAUGUCAACAUCGGGAGCCUCAUCUGCAAUGUGGGGGCUUGUGGACCUGCCCCAGCAGCUGGUGCUGCACCAGCAGGAGGUCCUGCCCCAGCUGAGGAGAAGAAAGUAGAAGCGAAGAAAGAAGAAUCUGAGGAGUCUGAUGAUGAUGUGGGCUUCUAUAACACAUUCAAUAAAAAAAAAAGCUGA